GAAGUGAGACAAAUUGACUAAUGGCCUGGGGAGACGUGGGCGGAGGGGAGUUACGGAGCGUGACUUCUGCCAGUCUUUUACCCGCGGUCGGCCCGGAUUUUCGGGAAGGGUAAGGGCUUUUUGAUCUUUUGUGUGAGCCUGCAGGUUUUGGUAUGAACAGGAUUCGGAUCCACGUCUUGCCGACCAAUCGGGGGAGGAUCACCCCAGUGCCCAGGUCCCAGGAACCCCUGUCCUGUUCAUUCACUCAUCGCCCAUGCUCGCAACCUCGUCUGGAGGGGCAGGAGUUUUGCAUUAAGCACAUCCUUGAAGACAAGAAUGCACCCUUCAAGCAGUGUAGUUACAUAUCGACGAAGAAUGGAAAAAGAUGUCCCAGUGCUGCUCCAAAGCCUGAGAAGAAAGAUGGGGUAUCUUUCUGUGCUGAACAUGCCCGUAGGAAUGCCCUGGCACUUCAUGCUCAAAUGAAGAAGACCAAUCCAGGGCCUGUGGGUGAAACACUCUUGUGCCAGCUGAGCUCUUAUGCUAAGACAGAGCUGGGGUCGCAGACUCCAGAAAGUAGCCGCAGUGAAGCCAGCCGAAUUCUGGAUGAAGACAGCUGGAGUGAUGGGGAGCAGGAACCCAUUACUGUGGAUCAGACAUGGAGAGGUGACCCUGACAGUGAAGCUGAUAGCAUAGACAGUGAUCAAGAAGAUCCCCUAAAACAUGCUGGUGUGUACACAGCAGAAGAAGUUGCCCUGAUAAUGCGUGAGAAGCUAAUUCGUUUGCAGUCUUUGUACAUUGAUCAGUUUAAACGACUUCAGCAUCUGCUCAAAGAGAAGAAGCGACGUUAUUUACAUAAUCGCAAAGUGGAACAUGAAGCUCUAGGUAGUAGUCUCCUGACUGGCCCAGAGGGACUUUUGGCCAAAGAACGAGAGAACUUAAAGCGUCUAAAAUGUCUUCGGCGGUAUCGUCAGCGCUAUGGAGUGGAAGCCUUAUUACAUAGGCAGCUGAAGGAACGCAGAAUGCUGGCCACAGAUGGUGCUGCCCAACAGGCUCAUACAACUCGGUCCAGUCAGAGGUGCUUGGCCUUUGUGGAUGAUGUUCGUUGUUCCAAUCAGUCUCUUCCAAUGACCAGACACUGCCUUACCCAUAUUUGUCAGGACACGAAUCAGGUUCUCUUCAAAUGCUGCCAGGGGUCUGAAGAGGUACCCUGCAACAAACCAGUUCCUGUAAGCCUCUCUGAGGAUCCCUGCUGCCCACUGCAUUUCCAGUUGCCUCCUCAGAUGUAUAAGCCCGAGCAGGACUUGGAUGUUGUGGGUGAUGGUAUGCAGUGCCCUCCUUCACCCUUACUUUUUGAUCCUUCACUAACCCUUGAAGAUCAUACAGUCAAAGAAAUUGCUGAAGGCCCAGUGGAUAUUCUGGGCCAGAUGCAGAUGGCUGGAGAUGGGUACAGAUCACAGGGGUCUCGAAAUUCUGAGAAAGCCUCUGCACCACUGCCUCAGAGUGGAGUGGCUACUGCAAAUGGGAAGCCAGAAUCCUCUUCUAUCAGUUGAUAAUUUGUUUGGGGAACCAUUUGACUUUGGCGGAUUUGAAUUUUCCAUUCUUUAAAUAAGUAUUUAUGACUGUCUCUCACUGAAGGACUACUCAGACUAUGACGUUUUUCCUCUGGGUUAUCGAGUGCUCUAGUCAAACAUGAGCCAAAUUUGUGGGGGAGGGACCAAUAGUGUCUUCCCACUCUGCACUAGGAAGAGAGAGAGGUGAUUCCUGUCAGAGCUGCUGGGAUUGAGAGAGUAUUUGGGAUUGCGCCUAAGGGGAGAGAGAUCUUAGUAAUGGGAAUUCCCAAGUCCAGGCACAAAUACACAUGUGUGUUUAGGUAGGAGAUGUGUUCCCUUGGGAUAUUAAUGGAACCCAGUGUCUGAUUAUCUCUAUCUAAUGGCCUGUGUUUUAGCCUUUCUUCACGUCUCACCUGAUUGGUAAUAUGAGCCCCUUCCCCCACUAAACUCUGACCUAUAACCUCUGAGAAUAGCCCACAGGACCGGGCCCUCCUUAACCAUCCAUCUUGCUUCUAACCUAUGUAAAUUUCUGUGGGGGCUAUCUUAUGUAAGAUACAAUAAAAAAUUGUAUAUAGUUUCUAUUAAAUGUUAAAAUGUUAUGAAAAUGUAAAACAAUCACUUGAAUGCAUGUUUUCUUUAUCUUUGAAUGUGUAUAUAUAUUUUUUGGGUUUGUAGGGAGUUGUCUCUGAUGGGGAAGGGGAAAACAGGAGAGGUAAAUUUCCAUCCCAAGAAGUAAAUACAUUUUCAGUAACUUGGUUUGGUUUAGAGGAUGAGAUAAAAACCUGUAAGCAGUAAGUGGAAAGGGGCGGCACUUCCUUAUUAAAGCCUGCCAGUUCCAGAAGUCUCCCUUUUAUUCAUCCUGCUCUCUGUGCCCACCUACUCCCACUUGGAUUUCUUUCUCCCAGUUGAUGUCUGAUUAUCAUCUCAAAAUUCUCUAGAGCUAGGAAUGUAUGUAUGUAAAACUUCCACUGAAGUUGAGCCCGAUGCUAGAUCACAGAGAUAGGCAUACACUGUCAAGAUAAUUUUGAUGAUGAAUCUAAAGAUAGGGUUAAAACAGAAGUUCACUUAGGAUUGAGUUUCCUAUGCUAGAAGUUGUCUGUUACAGGCAUACCUCGGAGAUACUGUAGGUUAGGUUCCAGACCACUGUAGUAGAAACAAAUACCUUGAUAAGGCAAGUCAGGUGAAUUUUCUGGUUUCCCAGUGCGUAUAAAAGUUAGGUUUAUACUAUACCAUAAUCUAUUAAGUGUGUAAUAGCAUGUCUUAAAAAAGUGCAUAACUUAGUUAAAAAAACUUUAUUGCCAAAAAAAUGCUAACCAUCAUGUAAGAUUUCAGCAAGUCAUAAUCACUGAUCGUAGAUUACCAUAACAUAUAUAAUAAUGAAAUCUUCGAAGAUUUACAAAUGUGACACAGACACAAAGUGAGCAAAUGGCUUUUGGGAAAAUGGUGCCAAUACAUUUGCUUGAUGCAGCGUUGCCACAAACCUUCAAUUUGUAAAAAGUGCAGUGUCUGCUAGGUGCAAUAAAGUGAAGCACAGUAAAAUGAGGUAUGCCUGUAAUUGUCCCUUGACCUUUGUUACAAGUGCUGCGCACCGGACUUAACAUUAUUUAGUAGCCCUAUGAUCUCCGUGGCCAUUACCACGCUCAGUCCUGGCCUGCAGAGAAGGCUCAUUGAACUUAGUGAUAUUGGUGCCCUUCUUACCUGAUGGCUUUGGUGAAUGGGAAUGUCCUCUGGGCCUCACAUAAUGGACCCAUUUUGGCAUAUUCUCCCUGUACCUUUUGAUUCCUUUGCGAGGGCAACUCCAGCAUUUUCACUUUGCUGAGGGUUUGCCAUUUUUUCCGCCUGGCUUCUGAAAGGCACUCCUGCAGCUAGUUUACUCCCCUUCCCUAGGCUCCUGGCCAAGGUGUUAAAUCCUGAGUACUGAGAACAUGCUUCUAAGUCAAUGACUUACCCAAUUUUAUGUUCUGGUCCCCUUGAUUAAGCACUCUCAAAAUCCAAUUCCAGGGGUUUUCCCCAGCCUUCUACCAACACCUGCUAGCUAGUUAUUAAAGAGUUCCUUUGAGGUACAAUUUCUUUACUCCUUUAUUAGGCCCAGUGCAUUUCCGGCUGGGUUAUGCUGGGAUUGAACCCUAGUUAUUGGCCUGGCAGAAAAGAAAUGAGGUGGAGGCAUCUUUGUAUGAGCAAGAGGACACGUUUUGUGAGGAUAGUUCUCUUUAAGAGAUUCUUCUGCAUGGGGAAAGUGCUAGCUCUUGAUAGGGAGUGAUGGGCCACCUCUGUAAACACGGUUUGUGGACGUCUGCAGAGCCAGGAUCCUUGGGAUCUCCACCCAGAUGUCUUAAUACCAGGAUCCUUGGGAGCUUCCACCCAGAUGUCUUAAUACCGUACUUUAGGGUUCCAAGAUUUUCUAAUCAGGCUCCUGACCUUAGCAUAACAGUACCACUUUGAGCAUUUAAGCUUCUCUGGAAUUCAACUCAUUAAAUCCUCAGCCUGCUUGCUACUCAGCUGUGAGUGCUUUUGUGCUGCAGGUGAAGGAGGCCUCCUUUUUGAGAAACCCCUUUGGCUCUCCUACUUUCCAUUUAGGUUGUUAACUUUUUUUCAGCCUGUAAUUACUUUUCCAGAAUGUAUUCAUCAUGUAACUGGAAGUUUUUACCUUUGACUGGCAUCACCCAUUUCCCCCAUCCCCACCCCCUGUCUAUGGCAAUCACCAAUCUGCUCUCUCUUUCUUUGUUUUUUUUAGAUUCCAUGUGUAGGUGGGAUUAUACAGUAUUUGUCUUUGGCUUAUAUUACUUACCAUAAUGUCUUCAAGGUACAUGUAUAUUGUCCCAAAUGGCAGAAUUUCCUUUCUCCGGGAAGUCUUGUGACCAGAAUGUUGUGGGGUAAAGACAGGUUAAUGCCUUCAGAUUCCAGCAACCAUGGAUGGUGUGUAAUGGGUAAGAGGUCAUAAUCUCAAUCUUUGAAAUCUAGCUGCUUCUAAGUGGAGAGAGUAUUUUCUGGAUUCCCUGUUGCUUCAUUUUCCUAACACUUUGAGGUCCCCAGCUGGCUCAGCUGCCAGGAUCUCACAGCCUGCAAUGAUUGGUCACUUUGGUUGUAACCCUAGGUCACCAGGACUGUUCCCAUCCUGGCAUCAUCAGAUACUACCACUGACCUCACUGUUAGCCCUCUGUGGAUGGUUUUAUUUGAUGGGUAUAUCUACCCAACUUUUCUCAGACUUGGUCCGCUUAGUUCCAGAUGUCACUUUGAUUUCGCCUGUUUUCAUCACUUGCCCAGGUAUCACUGAUGCAGCUGACCUGAAGAUGUAGCAGUGGGAGUGUUGGUGGGUAAAGAACCCAGGCAUACAGCUUGCAAAUGACUUCUGUCUUCCCAUAACAUUUCUUCUGCUGAUUAGCUGUAGCCAUCUACCUGUGUUUCACGGCCUAGUGAACGGCAUACCAUCCCCCCAGUGACGAAACUGGCCAUCUGGAAGUCAUCCAUUGUUACCCAUCUCUUCUGCCCACACCCAACUGAUCACUAUCACAAUUCUUCCUUCAUAAUAUCCUUUGAGUUUUUCUUUCUUCAUCUCUACUGACAUUACCUUAUUUUGAGCCACAGGUUGCAAACUGAUGACUUUUGUACCAGAUUUGGCCCAUAUUUGGUUUGUGUGUGUGUGUGGUUUUUGUUUUUGCACAAUUUUGAAGAUGAAAAAGUUACCUUAAAAUUUUCUUGACUAUUUGGAAGGUCUAGCAAUACUGGGCAAUAUUCUUGCAUGAAAACAAUUGAGCUGAAUAGUGUUUUUUUUUAGUGAUGUGCUUUUCAUUUUCUACAGUUCUCUCCCUGUUGUCGUAGAACUGGCCCACUUCACUCAUGUUAUGUCUGGCUCCUACAGGCACUGGAACUUGCGACCCCUUGUUCUCUCUCUUGAAAACUUAUCUCCCAGCUUGAAGUCUUACCCUUUUUAAAUCUAUACUGCAGCCAGAACGAUUCUCUAAAAGAAGCUUUAUUUGAUCAUUCUGCUUAUGCCAACCUCUUACUUUCAGUGGCACCUCAUUGUUUUCAGGAAAACAACCAACCUCUUUAGCAUGGCAUUUAAGACCCUUCAUGAUCUGACCUUAAUUAUGUAAUGACUGUUGUCUCAAAGAAUGUUCUUUCUCUCAUGUGCUUUCUAGCCAUAUUCAACUUUUUGGGUUUAUUUGAAAAUGAAGCAUUAAAACGUGGCCAAAUGAAUGGGGUUUGUUUGGAUUCAGAAGGAACUGGAUUUUAAAAAUUUGGGGCACCUGGCUGGCUCAGUUGGUAGAGUGUGCAACUCCAUCUCGGGGUUGUAAAUUCCAGCCCCAUGUUGGGUGUAGAGAUUACUUAAAAAAUAAUCUUAAUAAAAAUAAAAAAUUUGCAGAACAUUUAUUUUGUAGCUAGUACCAGAUUAAUGAAUUUCCUUUCUAUUUCUGGUUUGCUAAGUGAAAAAAAAAUCACAUUGAUACUGAGUUUUAUUAGAAAAAUUCUCCCAUCUAUUGAGAUAAUUAUGACUUUAAUCUCUAAUAUGUUGAAACACAUAGAUUUAUUUCUAAUUUUAAACACAUGUAUUCCUUGUAUAAACCCAACUGGUCAUAAUUUAUUACUCUUUUCUAGAUUCCUAGAUUUAAUUUUCAUAUGUAUUGGGAUUUUUGCAUCUGGGUUUAUAAGUGAAAUUGGCCAGUAAUUUUCCUUUCCUAUUUUACUGUCAUGGUUUAUUGCCGUCCUAAAAUGAGUUGGGCUUCUAUUACCUCUUUCCAUUCUUUGGAAUAAUUUGUGUAAGUUUAGAAUUAUUUCUUUCUUCAAUAUUUAGCAGAUCUUGGCUAUGGAAACAUGGGGCUGCAGGGAUUUUUUUCAUUGUUGUUGCUGUUGCUUUUUGUGGAAGAUAUUUAUUUUCUGAUUCAAUUUAUUUAAUGGUAAAUGUUAAAUUUACUGUUUUUUCUUGUGUCAGUUUUGGUAAGUUACACUUUUUUUAAGUAUUUGCCCAUUUCAUAAAAUCUUCAAAUUUAUUACAAAGUGUUUGUAAUAUAAUCUUACCUAUUUGAAGACUGAAUCAUAUUUAGUGAUUCUCUUUUUUCUGUUCCUGUUAUUAGUGCAUUUUUCAUUUUUGUCUUAGUCUCCCCAGAUGUGUAUCAAUUUCCUUUGUCUUUCUUAAGAACCAGCUUUGAGUUACGUUGUUAUUUUUUUUGGAUUUUUUUUCUAUUUUAUUGUGAUUUUAUGUUGAUUAUUUCUUCCUACUUUCUGCCUCAAAAAUCUAUUAUUUUUGUGUCUAAUAAUGCUUUGCCUUAAAGUAUAUUUUACCUGAAUAUAUAUAUAUACAUGUAUAUAUAUAGUGACUUCUUUCAAUUAGUGUUUGCAUCUAUUUUUUUGUCAUUUUAUUUUUAAUUGCAGUAUAACUGACAUACAAUAUCCUAUUAAUUUCAGAUGUACAUCAUAGUGAUUUGAUAUUUUUAUAUAUUAUGAAAUGAUCCCCAUGAUAAGCUUAGGGUCCAUACCAUCAUUUUAGAUUAAACUUUCCUGUAUUUUCAUUUUCAAUGUUAGUAUUAUAAACAGCAUAUAGUUGGGUUUUAUUUUUUUAACUAC